AUGGCGGCCAGAAUACGGAACGAUAAUUGGAAAGACGAUGAAACAUUGAAGGAAGAUCUUGAAAAAUAUGCUCGAAGUAAUCUUACACGAAAGGAGAUAUUGGAUUUCAUGAACCGUGACCAUGGCGAAUACGCAUGGAGUUUGAGGACGCUCGAUCGACGUUUGGCUUUUUUUGAUAUUCGACGCAUAGACAAAAACGUUACAGUUGAAGAGAUAAGAGCAGCAGUAGAGAACGAAGUUAACGGUCCUGGUAAACUCUUGGGGUACAGAGCGAUGUACAACAAAAUAAGACAGGAUUAUAAUUUAAAGGUUCCACGCAAUUUAGUGCAUGCAGUCAUGUUUGAUGUUGACCCCGAUGGCCUUGAAGCGCGUAACCCAAAUGCACGAUGGGAGAGAAGACCUAAAGGCAACUACACGACAAAAGGUACAAAUUUUGUUCACUCCAUGGAUGGCCACGACAAAUUAAUGGGGUAUCAGAAUAGUACUUUCCCCCUAGCCAUUUACGGUGCAAUUGAUACUGCGAGUAGAAAAAUCCUAUGGUUACGAAUUUGGGAUAGUAACUCCGACCCAAAGAGAAUUGGACGGUGGUAUUUAGAGUACCUUUAUGAGAAGAAAAGGAUUGCCACCAUGAUAAGGAUUGAUAAGGGCACAGAGACUGGAAUAAUGGCAACUAUUCACUCGUUCCUUAGACAGCACCAUGGUGACAUGGCCCCUUAUGAUACAGUGCUUUAUGGGCCUUCCACAUCAAACCAGAUUGAGCGAUGGUGGAAGGAACUGCAUGAACGUAUGGAGAAAUAUUUCAAGGUGCAACUGUCAAUGUUGAAGAAUGAUGGUGACUAUGAUCCAGAUAAUGAGCUUCACAGAAAACUGCUGUCAUUUAUUUUAAUCCCUGUUGUGCAACGUGAACUUGAUGAUUUCAAAAAAAUUGUGUGGAAUAGUCAUAGAAUCCGACACCAGAAAGACACCUUGCUACCUGAUGGGAUCCCUGAUCACAUCCAUGCUUUUCCACAAGAGUAUGGGCUAGAAGAAUGUGGUUUUCAUGUAACAGAGGACCAAUUAGCUGAAGUGGCUCAACAUUCUGGAGUAUUAGAUCUCGAAAAUGAUUUCCUCUCACCAGAAAUGCGACAGCAGUGUGAGACAAUCAUACCAUAUCCAGAGAAAAUUGAAUCAUCAGAUUGUGCAAAAGCAUUCUUAUAUCUGAAAAGACGUUACUCUGAAGAGAGUUAAUUAACACAUCUGAUGUGACAUAAACAAAGAAUAAAAUCUAAAAUUUGUUAAGGGCAAGGAUCAGAGACAAGAUGAAUUAUACAAACCACAAGUUUAUUUUAGUUAAAGUGAAAUAUUCUGUUUUUAACAUUAAAUCAACUGAACAAACUCAGCAUAUGUAAACAAUUUUUGACCUAAU